UUUAUGCUCAUCUCUGUAUCUACGGCAAGCUUUGGACUAAUAUGGAAGCAUAAUUCAGAUGUGGAUGAUAUCAAAUACGUCAUAAAUUUCGAUUAUUCGAACAAUUCCGAAGACUACGUGCAUCGCAUCGGGCGAACUGGCCGUCGUGAUAAAACUGGUGUUGCGUAUACGUUCUUCACCUAUUCGAAUGCAAUGAAAGCAAAGGAUCUGAUUAAAGUUUUGGAAGAGGCGAGACAGAACAUUCCACCUGAGCUGCAGAUGAUGGCAAAGGACGGUUUUGUUGGAGCACGUGGACGGUAA